UGGUUUGUUCUGCUGCAUUCUCUGUCUGUAUUAAUUGAGAAGUCGGACAAUUUCAUAGAACAUUACCACCGAAAAAAUGUCAAAUUUUUUCAGAUGAUUAGAAUGAACUUUCCCGUGAUCCUCUUGUCCAAUUUCUCUGAGUCUGAGACUGCUAGGCUGGCAUCUCUCGUUCAACAAUUGAAAGGAGAAUGUUUAGUGAUGGAGGUAUUCAACCGCAAAUGCACACAUCUAGUGUGUAAAAGACUGUCGUGCAGUGAGGAGUUUCUCAUAGGCUGUGCUCGUGGUGUGUGGAUACUUACUCCUGACUUCAUCUACGACAGUGCCAAAAAUGGAAUGUGGGUGCAAGAAUAUAAUUAUGAGUGGGGGCCUCACCAGGCGGAACCAAGGGACUCCAACCAGAUGCACAUGUGCGAAGCUCCGUCUCGGUGGCGCAAGUUGAUCCAGCAGAACAAAGGACUUGCUUUCAACAACUGGAAAGUAGCUGUUCUUGUUAAAAGUAACCGGAGAAGAAUUAUUUAUCAAAGGAUCUUGUCAUAUGGUGGCGCCAUGUUGUAUGUGAUAAAACUGCCUAUCAAGAACUCUGGUGAUGUCGCUGAUAGAGUGAAUUAUGUCUUCGUUGAUUCUCGCCAUUGGGACCAUGUGAAACCACUACGCAAGACGAGCAUCAACUGCUUGCAUGUCACCUAUAUUAGGGACUAUCUCAUCGAUGAUUCUCUGCCAGAUACUUCCAACUAUAUACAGUGUAAAGGAUUGAAGCGAAAAAUCAGUGUUGGUCUGAAGCGUAAAGUACCUCUUAAUUUCACCAUUGAAUCAGCAUUGGCAAGUCAGAAGUACCUUCGGCUUUCUCAACAAUCCAACAGCUGGGAAACUUUGUACAAGUCUAUAGGAGGUGGCGGCGGUGGAGGAGGAGGAGGAGGCGAGUGUGUUAAUGAGCAACAACAACAACAACAGCCAAAAAUUACAGACACAGUACCACCUAUGGUUAUGCAUCGUUCCUUAGUAGAAAUGAUCAACUGUUGCUUACAAGAGGAGUACGCCAUUCACGGAGGGCUGUCCAUGGCAUUAGAUUUUGUCUCAGCUGGUUCAUAUCUACCUCCUGAAAUUUGUUAUUAUCUUAUGAAAGACAUAUUGUUGAGAAACAGGAGCUCUCUACUCAACAGUUUGUGUUAUGAAGUGUUAAUGAAGCAACUCAGUUUAUUCCCUCCUGGUGUCUCGUGGCGCCACAUGUAUCUGCAAGCUUUGCAGGAAGGAGAGAAACAGGGACAUUAUCAGAACGAGUGGGAGUUUGUCAAGGAAACUGUUUUGUCUUCCCUCCAGCUGCCCGUUUCAGAUCCUAGUAACUGUUCAUCCCAUGGAAGUUUUUUACUCCUCAAAUAUCUCGAUACAGUCUUUCAACAGGACUUCAACGACAGCUUGAAAAGUUCAAAGCACAAUGGGAAAGCAGAAGGGAGUAAAACUUCAUUCUGUUUGAUCCGGAGUAUCAUAUGGGGUUCCAGUUAUGGAUUGUCUAUAAACAAAUCUUGUCUAGAGUUGAAGGAUUUAUUACGUAAAGUAAUUGUUACUGAUCUCCCUGAAGUUUACAGAAAAGAAGUUUUGUCGCUUGUUCUAAGUCUAAUCUUAAUGGUAGCAGAAAGUCUGCGACAAGCCUACCAUUGUUGUGAUUCCAUCAAAGAUUACUUUGCCAUUGUACAGCAGGAAACUAAUUUAAAUAUAUUUAUUCAUGAAGUUAGCAAAGAAAUUUAUUAUGGUUGUCAGGAUGAUCUCAGCAAGUUUGACCAGGUAUUAAAUGCUAUCAGACUACCUUGGCUAGCGCUCUCCAUAUCUUAUAUCCUCACGAAAUCCUUCCAUGAUAUCAACGACAUACCAAACACAGACAGCAGUGAUAUCAUAAACCUCACCAACCUCGUAAAUAAAUACCUGAGUGUCUUAUGUCAGAUCAAAUGUAGGCCUUCAAAAAGAAAAACAUCACAUAAUGUACUAGCAGAAGAUUCAACAAAUUGCCAGUUGACGUCUGAGAAUGAGUCUAAUUCACAGUCGCCUUCUCGGCUCUCUCCUGUCAACAAGAUGUUUCUAACAAAGCGGCUGGCACGCAAUGUUAACAAGAGAAACUAUAAAGGUGAAACAAAACUGCACAUAGCCUGUAUGAAGAAUGAUGUUGAUCAGGUGCGUGACUUGCUGACACUACCAGGCAUUGAUGUGAAUGCUACAGACAACAAUGGAUGGACACCCCUCCAUGAGGCCUGUAACCACAACCACCCUGAAUGUGUCACUGAGCUUCUCAACUUCAACCGUGUGCGGACCAUCAACUCAUACUUUAGUGCUUGUUACAGUCAACCCCAAAGUACCAGGGUUGAUGUCUGUGCUACAGCUGAAGACCUCAUCACCCCACUGCAUGAUGCAGUUUUGAAUGAAAGCAUUGCUUGCGCCCAGCUCUUGCUCAAGUACAAAGGACCAAAACUGCUCCAGUUGAAGACCAUUGAUGGUGCCACACCACUUGACUUGGCCACCACAGAAGAAAUGGUUGCUGUUCUGAAUACAUUUCUUCCUGAUGCCAACAAUUCCAUUAACCAAUCAAAUCAUUCGGAUAUAAUCGAUGUGAAACCUCCAUGCCCAAAUAAUUCAGAGACUGUUGCAAAGCUCACGUACUCCCAGAUCGAGAAGUAUUCCUGUUUUGUGUUCCAUCUCAUCCGUUGUUACCUCAAUACUGCCCAGCUGCCAUACAUCACCUGGAGGGCGAAGGCCAAGCAAAGCCGUCACGAACCGUCAAUGUCGCUGUCGCUGUGUGACAGCGAGGCGUCAACCGACCCAUGUAAAUGUCACCGAAAUGACUGUUCACAUUCGGCCGUUGACGCUGACGGGUCGACAGGAGAAUGCCAGCAGACGCAGUGUGUGUCGGACGCCUACUUGGACGUCUUCAUCAAAGACAUCACCACCGUCUACAACAUCUACAAGAUAGAGCUAAAACUGAAGGAGAUGUUACCGAAAUUCCCAACACAUCUUAAACGUUUAUUUCUCCUGUUUGAAUUAAUUGAGUAGCUGAGAGAAUGAAGGGACCAGCAAUUGUGUCCCUUACAUGUGUGUAUGUGUGUGUGUGUGUAUGUGUAUGUGUGUGUGUGUGUAAGUGUGCCUGUAUAAAUAUGUAUAUAUACUUAUAAAUAAAUGUAUAUACAAACAUGUAUGUAUGUAU